UUUAUUGUGCAUUCUUUCAUUUUAGCAAAACAACAACAAGACGUUUGAUAAUUAUUGCAAAUUUAAAGUAAAUACUGAAAUAAAAUUUAAAUAAAUUUGGUACUUUUCCUACACCGUGUGAUCUAAUAAAUAUCACACAAUAGGAGUUAGACUAAACGCGAGGCAAAAGAACACAAGAAGGCGAACUAUAACUCUUUUUGCCAUUAUUAUUAAACAAUUGUUCAAUUUAAUGCGUUAUAAUAAUUUAUUGAAUUUUAAUAAAAGUGUUAAAUUAAAAUUAUUAACAAAUAUAUUUACACGACAUCAUACUAGCAGGACUACGGCCACAACAACAGCAACAACUUCAUCAACUUCAACAGCUUUUGAAGUUAAUAAACGUGAUUUUGGAAACUUAACAGCAAAUCAUCGAAAUUUUUCUACCAAAACUUCCACGCCAACAACAUUAGCAGCAACCAAAUCUGGGGCCAACUCUAAGAUGGCCAUUGAUUUGAAGUUCAAUGCUUCGCUGACUUCAAGUGAUCCGCAUUUUAAGCCAGUUUUGAUAAUUGGUCAAUUAAAACAUUUGAAUUUAUUGAAAUUUUCCGAUUUAUCAUGUAAACUAGAGCCACGUGUUAGUGAGGAUACCUUUAAUAAGGCAAUUGCCUGUUUACAUCCAUCACCUACGGAUAAAAUUUCACUCUAUUUAGAUGUGGCCACAGUGGCUGCUGUACCAUUAAAGUGUUCGCGUCAUAAUACCCCUUCCCGGGCUCAUGCCAUAACACGUUUGGUUAAGAACAAUAUACUUAAUGUUAAUGAGGAGAGUGUUGUUAUAGUAUGCGAACGUGCAGAUUUAUUUGCCAGUGCCUGUGCUGUGGUGCGAGCUUUUCCUCUAUAUUCCCGUAAAACUUCUGGAAGUUUGGGAAAUUCUACUGCCAAUGCUGCAUCAGCUGGUGAUCAGGAUAUACCUAUGAAAAACGCUGGUGAUAAUAGCAAUCAAACCACUGUUCAUAUAGAAUUCAUAAUUAUUGAUAAGAAUGGUGCUGUGUCGCAAACACCAUUGGAUCAAAGUGAAAUUGGUUGCUUGGAAGAUGCUGCCAAGGGCAUACGUUUAGCUGCCCGUAUUGUUGAUACUCCUUGCAAUGAAAUGAAUGUUAGUCAUUUUGUUGAGGAAGCCGAACGUAUUGGUGCCGAGUUGAAUAUUAAACCCUUGGUAAUACGUGGCGAAGAAUUGCGUGAACGUGGUUUUGGUGGUAUUUAUGGUGUGGGUAAGGCAGCUGCAGUACCUCCCGCUUUAAUUGUUAUGUCUUAUGAACCAAAAGGUGCUCAAGAAACUAUUGCUUUGGUGGGUAAAGGUAUUGUUUACGAUACUGGCGGCCUUAGCAUUAAAGGCAAGACUGCUAUGCCUGGCAUGAAAAGGGAUUGUGGAGGAGCUGCUGCUAUUUUGGGAGCUUUCUAUGCUGCUGUUAAAUGUGGCUUUAAGGAAAAUCUACAUGCGAUUUUCUGCAUGGCAGAGAAUUCCGUUGGUCCCAAUGCCACAAGACCCGAUGAUAUUCAUACAUUGUAUUCUGGACGUACCGUUGAAAUUAAUAACACAGAUGCUGAGGGACGUCUAGUAUUGGCUGAUGGUGUUUGCUAUGCCCACAAAGACUUAAAGGCUAACAUCAUAUUGGAUAUGGCAACAUUAACAGGUGCCCAGGGUAUUGCUACGGGUAAAUAUCAUGGUGCCAUAUUGACAAAUUCCGAAGAAUGGGAAAUCAAGUCAGUGGAAGCUGGACGUAAAUCUGGAGAUUUAUUGGCUCCCAUUAUUUAUUGCCCUGAAUUGCAUUUUUCUGAAUUUGCAUCAGCAAUUGCUGAUAUGAAGAAUUCUGUAGCGGAUCGCAGCAAUGCUCAGUCUUCCUGUGCUGGUCUUUUCGUCGGCGCUCAUCUAGGCUUUGAUUAUCCAGGAGUUUGGAUGCAUGUUGAUAUGGCAACACCAGUUCAUUGUGGUGAACGUGCUACUGGUUAUGGUGUAGCAUUAUUGCUCACCUUGUUCGGUAACCAUACCAACUGUAACAUGUUGCAAUCGAUGGCCAACAAUGAUACAGAACCACCAACAAAGCGCAUUUGUCGUGAUUGAGAUUGAAAAAGAACGCUAAAGCAUAUCUUUAGUAGUAUCCUCCGUCAACAGCAGCAGCAAAUGCAAUCUCCUGCUUGCAGGAAUGGUGGAACGAACAGCUUUAACAAUUUAUAAAAGUAUAAAGGAAAAAAUAUUGAACAAUAAUUACAACAAUAUAAAAUAUACUGUAAUUUUUACUACUACA